AUGUCUGCCUUAUUAAAGAACGUAACAAAUUGCAUUUGGCACGCUUUUGAUUCCUUGCAGAACAAUGAUUUGGUGCAUAAAUCAAAACUAAAGGUACUGACUGCGAACAUUGGGACUCUACUGGACCUGUAUGGUGUAGAAAAGGGCUUGGAUCACUUCAGAUCUUCCCAAGAGCUGACCUUCGACGAGUUCCGAUAUUACUUGCAGCAUGAAGUUUUCAGCACACUUCCAAAAACCGUCACUCUGCCUAUAGUUAGAGAAUAUGAGAAAAAAAUCAGUGAGGUGUGCUGGCUGGUGUGUCGCAAGAGUCUUUUGGCACGCGACAAACCUCUCUUUGCUGACGACUCUGUGUUGAAACUCUUCAGGAUAUUCUGCUUACUCGGCGACCUGGUGCAGGAUGCGGAUGAUACCAAUCACUAUGUGGUGGUACUUCAACCUUCGGAAGCAGGAAUAGUAGCAGAGCAGCUAGUCCUUUGCCUAGGACUUCGUUGGGAUACGGCCGAUUGGGAAGCUUUAGGCACUUCAAUAGGACAUUUCAAGUGGGCAGCUUUCCUUGCCGUGUUAGAAGCAAAAUAUUGUGGAGACCAACAAGUACAUCCUGAGGCACUAGUCGAAGCAGUCGAUGAAAUAUAUGAUGUUUUCAUCGAAGAUAUUAUUAAGAAGGGGUACUUGUUCAAACGCGGCUACCUCCUACCAACCAUGCGGGAAUACUGGUGCGUCCUUCAACCUUGUGCGCUCACCUACUACAAGAGUUCAUCGCAAAAAGAACAGUGUGGACGUAUUACCAUUGGCGAGUACUGUUCCGUCGAGGCAGCUGUCGGUGAAGGCAAAAUACAGAGGUUCCAGCUCGUCACCCCCGAUAGAACAUUUGAAUUUGGCACUCAGGAUCAUAAGAGUCGCCUACAAUGGAUAUCAGCUUUACGUCAAGCGGCAUCAGUAUCAGGCGGUGUAGAGGGCUACCAGAGACGAGCCAGGGCUGUGAGAAGAGGAGCAGGAGCACGAAGGGAAAGGGAAGUGCGAGAAACCAGGGCUAGAUUACAGCACGAGGUCAAAGCUAGACUAGCAGCCGAAGCACAGGCUCAAGAAUUAGUAGAAUUGGCCCAACAAGAUAAUAAAAAGUUAGAAGAAUUAAAGAAUGCACAAAUUGAACUAGAAAGACUAUUGCAGGAGGAAACACAAGCUAAAAGAGACGAAGAAAUUGUUCGAGCAUUACAGGCACGGGUUUUGGCAGAGGAAUGGGAGAGACGAGAAGAGCUAGAAAGGCUUCAGGAAGAACAAAAUAAAAUGUUGCAAGAAGAAAGAAUAAAACGGCAGCAGUUUGAACAACUACAGGCAGCAAAAGAAAUGGAAUUUAAAGAAGCAGAGAAGCGUUUAAAGGAAUUAGAAGAAGAAAAACAGCGCUUAGAUGCUGAACUUAAGGCAGCUCAAAAUAAGAUCUCCAAGACUGAACUCACAGCGCAUGCGCUACAGGUACAACUCAGAGACCUGAAUCCAGUACUUCGUAACGGUGAAAGAGCUCGACGUGCAUUGUCUUUCGUGCCUACUACUAAAAGUUCUUCUGAUACACUCAUCGACAUCAGAGCUAUCAGGCACCUCAAGAUCCUCGAUGACGAAGAGAAAUUAUGA